ACCAUUCCCGCCUUGACGCCAUGGUAUUCAGCAAGGAGGUGGUAGAGCUUCAGCUCGCUACCAAGGACCCAAAUCUCUGCCGUGACAAAGCCGUGAAGCUGCUGAAAGAAGGAAAGGCUGAGCUGUCCGUGGAGUGGUUUAGCAAGGCCAUUCGAUUAAGACCGGCAGAUGCCUCGCUUUACUGGGGGAGGUCUCAGUCGUGGGAGAGGGCCGGAAACCCUCGGAAGGCGGUCGUAGAUGCGGGGGUCGGGGUGUGCUUGCGGCCGAGGGUGGCGGCCGGUUUCGCCCGACUGUCGGCGACGUUCGAGGCGCAGGGCCGGCACGCCGACGUCGUUCGAGCCUGCUUCUUGGGUAUGAGAUGUGGCGACAGCAGCAAGAACGGCGAGCUUGGUCGGCGCAUGUCUAGCGCGAGGGAGGCCGGCCAGCUACCCCCGCUGGAUUGGACCCCGCCGGAUAGACGCGAGAGGUGGACCUGGGCGUUCCUGUCGUUCCGCGGCUUCCUGUUGCGCCUGGCGGCUGGAAUAGCCGGACGGCUCCGGGUGGGCGGAGCAGGGCUGGCGCUCGGGGCUUGCGAAGGGGGUCAAGGGCUCUCGAGCCCCCCGUGGCCACGAGGGGCUAUGCCUCCUGUCCUUCUCGAGGCGCCAUAGAACGAGGUUGUUACUGGGAAUAAACCAAGUCGAUUGUUAGUCGCCUUGGAAUGAGCCAACUUGAUGCGUUCGGAAUUUUCGUUUGCGACGAUUUUCUCUUUUCCCCUGUACGGUUCCUGCGGUCGUCAACUAGCGGUUGGGAUCAAUUUUGCUUGCGGCCGAGCUCGUGAAGACCCGCUCCGCAUAUGCAAUCAGGCAACCGGCAACUGUGCUAGCAAUCGGAGAACAAUAGUGUACCAUGCCUGUCCGCACUUCACCGGUGUCUUGCAGUAAGACGGGAUUUGCUUCCUCUGCUGGGUUACUUUGGAAUCCGCUGUGCUGCAGACUGCAGGGUAGUCAAACCCACGCGAGGAUCCAUGACCGCUUUGCCUGAUUUGAGGCACUUCGGCUGUCAACCAUUAUUGACGCCUAACAAGCACGGUGCGUGCUCAAGUGUCGUUUGCAUCAGCCCGAAUUUGGGUGUUUGAAUGCUGUCUGCACAGCUCACUGGCGGACGCCUACUUGUACAUUGCACCGCAUUCAACACCACGCAACGCGCGAAAUCGACCAUGGUCAAGGGUGUAAUGUCAAAGGGUAGUGUAGCGGUCGGCAAGUUUUUGUGGGCAGAGGAAGGCAGGAGGAGUUUCAAGGCGGUUGUUCCGUGAAAGAGGUCGUAAGGAAAUCUUCCCGAGAGCAAAACGCAGAUCGACCUUCCUUUGUCACACACCGCACUGGGGGUUCACGCCUCAUU